AUGCGACCAUUUGAUCCACCGCAGAAACGGUCCCGCGUUAUGCCUCUGACGCCUAACAAUACAGAGUCACACAUUGAUCCCCUCCUUCGAAGUCGCAGCGUUUUCGAUGAUGAUCUGUCAGAACAUGCAUCAAACGACGGCCAUGACCAGCUCUCUGAGCGUGAGAUUACCCCGACCCAGGACGAACCAGCUUUAUCAAGAAGCUCCCUCCGAUUAUACGUCCGCAACACUGCAUCUGCCUCAUCCAAAAAAAGGAAGCAUGCAUCCGCAAAGCAGCGCGCUGCUGAGCUGAAGCAGCCGGCGCAAUGGUUGAAAGUCAAGGGCAAAAGGCCAUUGGAAAUGUACACCCAGGACGGCUUGACCAAAUAA